CUAGGGCUUUGGGGAGGAGGAAGAGGAAGAUGACGAGCCAAUGCAAUUAGCCUAACAAGGGACGGGUGGCGGCGGCAGGAGGCGCGGCAGCGUUUCCCUCGGCCACUGACACAUCCCUUUUCUCCUCGCCUGGGCGAUGAAGGGGAACAUUUUAGAGUCCAGCUGAAAAAGUCCGGCGGGAUCUUUUCCUUCCCUCUCCCUUCUUCAUGGCAGCGUCUUGACUCGCUUCCCUUCCUCUCCCAAGACCCCAUUGUGGAGACCGGGCUUGGCCGGGACCUGUGUAUACACUUUGCGUCCUCGUUUUUCUCUUUUCCAAGAGGCGGAUAUAUAUAUAUAUUUGCUUUUUUUUCUGUUAGCGGAGGGGCAAGACAGAAGAGGCGUUUUUCUUUUCGAUGCAUGAAGAAAAUUGUUUCACCCUCCACACUCGGUCCUCGACUCCUUCCCCCAUAUACAGUUUUGUAUAUGUCUGUUCCCCACCCCCUCCCCAAUGUGUACUCCGGCGGAUUUCUUCAUCCUUUGUAACUGGGAAAUGAAAUAAUGGCGACUCGUUGGGCAGCGGGGCCGCCCGGGGGAGAUGGAGACACCCAGCCGCCUGAAGUCACCAGCAGCCUCGACCAGGUGUCCAAAAAUAAAGAUGCGAAGGAACAAAGUGAAGCUAUAUCUCCAUCAGAGGAUGAAGAAACGUUCUCUUGGCCUGGUCCCAAAACGGUAGUUUUACGAAGAACAACACAGGGCUUUGGCUUCACCUUAAGGCAUUUCAUUGUUUACCCCCCAGAGUCUGCUAUUCAGUUUUCCUUUAAGGAUGAAGAGAAUGGAAAUAAAAGUGGGAAACCACGAAACAAAUUGGUGCCAAUGGAUACAAUAUUUGUAAAACAGGUUAAAGAAGGAGGGCCUGCUUUUGAAGCUGGAUUGUGCACAGGUGAUAGAAUUAUAAAAGUGAAUGGAGAAAGUGUUAUAGGGAAGACAUAUUCACAAGUAAUUGCUUUAAUUCAAAACAGUGAUAGUAUAUUGGAACUUAGUGUUAUGCCGAAAGAUGAGGACAUCCUUCAGCUGCUGCAGUUUUCAAAGGAUGUUACAGCACUGGCAUAUUCUCAAGAUGCCUACCUGAAAGGCAAUGAAGCCUACAGUGGUAAUGCCCGCAACAUACCUGAACCACCACCAAUAUGUUGCCCUUGGUUAACAUGUCCAGCUUCCGUCAUGGCACAACCUAUUGAAAAAGCACCUCCUGACUCUUCACUUGGAAAGCAACCAACUAGUAGACCUUUACGGACAUCAGCACAACCAGAAAAGGCCUACAGAAUGGAAAUACAAGUGCCUCCAUCUCCAACAGAUAUUGCAAAAUCUAACACAGCUGUCUGUGUUUGCAAUGAGACCAUAAGAACUGUUGUUGUGCCUUCUGAGAAGGCUGUAGACUUCCCAUCCUGUAGAACAAACCAUACUGGUCUGUCUCACCGGUCAGAGGAAGUAAGAUACGGUUUCAAGGAGCAAACCACUCCAAAAUCAAAAGCACGAACUAUAUCACCAUCCUCUCCAAUGUCCACUGCCAUUGUACUUCCUCAGACACCACUUACAAGGCCAGUAGAUCCCACUGAGAUAACUGACAUGUCUGGAACCUAUGGUCGAUGUCCAGAAGGGGUCUCAAGUACCAGAUCACCAACUCUAAGUGUAGGUGGUUCUUCUAUCACAGGCAACCACUACACUUCUCCAAAUGCCCACCAACAUAUAGACUGGAAAAAUUACAAAACCUACAAAGAAUACAUUGAUAACAGACGUUUGCACAUGUAUGGUUGUAGAACCAUACAAGAAAGAUUAGAUAGUUUAAGAGCAGCAUCUCAGAACACAACAGAUUAUAAUCAAGUGGUACCAAAUCGCACUGGUUCACAGGUACGACGCAGAAGCACCUCUCAUGACAGGGUCUCACAGUCCAUUCUGAUCCGGCGAAGGAGUGUGUCCCAGGAAAGACUUGAGGAUCCUCUGAUGCUAAAAGAGUGGCCAAGGAGUGCCUCACAAGAUGCUCUAACCUCACCAUCUAUCAGCCCCCGGAAUCAUAGGGCACAGUCCUGGGAUUAUUUAGGCAAGCAGGGUGAACCAUUAGAAAACUUUCACACUGAAAGUCUUGAUGCAGAUUCAAACAUAGACAGAAAAAAGACUUACAAGUGGACUGGAUUUACUGAACAAGAUGAUCGACGAGGUAUUUAUGACAGACCCCGGCAGCAUGCAAUUCACAUGUCUCUUCGAGGUUCACAUUUUCCUAUGGUUCCAGGUGCUUACAACUCAGAUAGUAGACGAACAAGCAGCAGAUCCUUAGCAACUGCUUCCCAGAUUCAGAAGUUUCUCCCAGAUGUAAAAACAUUGCAGCCUGCCAGAGAUUUGCCAGCCACCAGUGGAAUUUCAAAGCCUACCACCAUUUUUCAGGAAAGGCCAUCUCAGUUGACUUAUGGAAGCACACGAAGCAACUCCGUGAAGACUUCUGCACCCCAUCCACCAAAACCAUUGUUUCCCCUGGAUCAGAACCUGGAUGGUGUUACAAGCAAAGACCAAAGAGACGUAAAUCACAUGCAUCCUGGUGGUUUGUUAAAUCAGCAGUCAAGGAUACAAGCAGAAAAUAUACCAGUCCACAAAGGAGAAACAGGCAAGAGUACUCAUUCCCCUACUUCCUGUAUAGCUUCUGCCAAAUUUGUCCCACAGACCAGUGAGCACUUAACUACCUCUGUUAAUUUAGAUGUCUCUGCCAAACACAAGGUUCAAGAUAUUGAAAAAGAUACAAAAGAGUUUGAGGGCCAACUAGCAGAUGCUGUAGAUGAGGAUACAGAAACAGUUGUGUUGCGGGAAAAGUCUCCUCCUGGCCAUCAAACACCACUGCCUUUGCGUCAUCAGUCCUACAUCUUAGCUGUAAAUGAGCAAGAGCCUGCCUCAGAGACUACUUGUUGGUUACCCAAUGAUGCACGUCGAGAAGUGCAUAUAAAAAGAAUAGAAGAAAGGAAAGCUUCUGGUUCCAGCCCACCUGGUGAUUCCUUGGCAUCUAUUCCAUUCAUAGAUGAGCCAGCCAGCCCCAGUAUUGACCAUGAUAUCGCCCACAUUCCGGCUUCUGCUGUUAUUUCAGCAAGUUCCUUGCAAGCACCAACUAUUACAACAGUUCCUCCUAGUCCUACCUCUCUUGUCCCUUUAAUCCGCCGUCAGCUAUCCCAUGACCAAGAAUCUAUCAGGACUAGCAUUCUGGACAGUCAAUUUCCUGCAAAAAAUGAAAGGUCCAAGUCUUAUGAUGAAGGAUUGGAUGACUAUAGAGAAGGAAAAGUGUCCAUAAAGCAUGUAACAAGCUUAAAGGGGAUCAAGGCCCCAGACAGUCAAACAUCUUCCGAAAACUCAGGGUCCAGAAAAGCUUCUUCUUCAGAGGUCUUUGGUGAUGUCUCCAAGGAAGGAUGCCUCCAUUUUCGACAGCUGAUCACGGAUAAGGGCAAGAGAGUUAGUGGGAGCAUCCGGCCAUGGAAGCAGAUGUAUGUGGUGCUAAAAGGCUGCUCAUUGUACUUGUACAAGGAUAAAAAAGAACAGACCAUGCCAUCUGAGGAGGAGCUGCCCAUCAGUAUCAAUGCUUGUUUGAUAGACAUUUCAUACAGUGAUACAAAGAGGAAGCAUGUAUUUCGACUCACCACGUCAGAUUGUGAAUACCUGUUCCAAGCUGAAGACAGAGAUGACAUGCUGGCUUGGAUUAAAGCUAUACAAGAAAACAGCAACUUGAAUGAAGAGAAUACAGGAGUCACAAGCAGGGACCUAAUUAGCCGGAGAAUUAAAGAAUACUGCACCAUGAUGAAUGCUUCGAGUGGGAAAACAGAGCCAUCCCCGAAAACAUCUCGUCAGAGCCUAAGCAUAAGACAUACGUUACUUGGCAAUAGAACUGAGCAAAGAACCCAGAGCCCCCAUUCUCCCAAGGAGGAAUCUGACAGGAAAUUCCUUGCUAAAGAAAAAGAUGAGACAAGCCCACCAAAAGACAAAGGUACGUGGCGAAAAAACAUUCCUAGUAUCAUGAGAAAAACCUUUGAGAAGAAGCCAUCUGCAGUUGGGACCUUUGGGGUCAGACUAGAUGACUGUCCCCCAGCUCAGAGCAAUAAGUAUAUUCCACUAAUAGUUGAUAUAUGCUGCAAAUUAGUUGAAGAAAGAGGUCUUGAGUAUACAGGUAUUUAUAGAGUUCCUGGGAAUAAUGCUGCCAUCUCAAGCAUGCAGGAAGAACUCAACAAAGGCAUGAGUGACAUCGAUGUUCAUGACGACAAAUGGCGAGACUUGAAUGUCAUAAGCAGUUUACUGAAAUCCUUCUUCAGAAAGCUUCCAGAACCUCUCUUUACAAAUGACAAAUAUGCAGAUUUUAUAGAUGCCAAUAGAAAAGAAGAUCCUGUGGAGCGGCUAAAAACAUUGAAAAGGCUGAUCCAUGAUUUACCAGAGCAUCAUUAUGAAACACUCAAAUUUCUCUCUGCACAUCUGAAGACUGUAGCAGAAAACUCAGAAAAAAACAAGAUGGAGCCAAGAAACCUGGCAAUAGUAUUUGGUCCAACUCUUGUGAGAACAUCUGAAGAUAACAUGACACAUAUGGUUACCCAUAUGCCAGAUCAAUACAAAAUUGUAGAAACACUUAUCCAAAAACAUGACUGGUUUUUCGCAGAAGAUGAUGCUGAAGAGCCCCUUACAGCAGUUCAGGAGGAAAACACAGUAGAAUCUCAGCCAGUGCCAAACAUAGAUCAUUUACUCACCAACAUUGGAAGAACGGGAGUAUCCCCAGGAGACGUAUCAGAUUCAGCUACUAGUGACUCUGCAAAAUCUAAGGGUUCUUGGGGAUCUGGAAAGGAUCAAUACAGCAGGGAACUGCUUAAGUCCUCCAUCUUUGCAGCAGCCAGUCGCAAGCGGAAAAAAACAAAAGAGAAACCACAGCCUAGCAGCUCUGAAGAUGAGUUAGAUAAUGUGUUUUUCAAGAAGGAGCCUGCGGAUCACUCUUCUGGCAGUUCUGCAAAAGAGGACACACCUAAAGAGGAACGGGAGAAGGAGGUGGCACCAAGAAAACCAAGAGCUCUGGUUCCAAAAGAAAAAGAGAGCUAUAUUCAGAAACUAUCUUCAGCAACCAAGGAUGAAACUGUGUUGCCGAGAAAAGAUCCUGUGCCUUCUGAGGAUCCCUCAACACCAUAUCUCCAAAAAUACAUCAGAUCGCCAAACCUCAGCUUCCGGCUGAGCGCGCAAAAAGAUUGCACUAAACCACCUGUCUUUCAAGUCUCUUCCCAGAUGGAAGAAACAAUCUCUGACUCUGGCACCAUGCUUAGCAGUUCUUCACAGGCUUCUCUGCAGAGACUCUCCUGUAAGAAAUUGGCCCACCCUGCAAGUAGAUGCAGCGAGUUUUUAGCACCUGAUGUCAGCUCCAUCACAUCAGAUUACUCCACAACUUCAUCUACUACAUAUCUAACUGGCUUAGAUUCCACCAUGCUAAGUACUGAGCUGCAGUCAGUGACAGAGAGUAAAGGUGAGGAGGCUGAUGACGAAAGAAGUGAAUUGAUCAGUGAAGGCCGCCCGAUGGAAACAGACAGCGAGAGCGAUUUCCCUGUUUUUGCUGCAAGCUCUGCUGUGGAGAGGCUGUUCAGGGGGAAAAUGCAAGAUGUGGCAAAGGGUGGCCGGAGGAACUCUGAAGGAAGUGAAGUAAGUUGUACAGAGGGAAGUUUGACGCCAAAGUUGGAGAGCCGCAGGCUGUUCAGUUCACACAAACUCAUUGAAUGUGAUACACUGUCUCGGAAAAAGUCAGCCAGGCACAAGACAGAUAGUGAAGGCUCAGGAGAUACCAAGUGUGAGAAGGAGCCACCAGCAGUGACCAAAAUGUUUGACAUCAUGAAGAAGGGAAAGUCAACCAGUAGCUUAGCUGCAUCAGCUAGACCGGAGCCUGAAAAACAGGAGCCUACAUGGAGGCUCAAGAUUACAGACAGGUUGAAGCUGCGCCUCAAGUUGUCUGCAGAUGAUAUGUUUGGAGUUGGCAACCAGAAAACCAACGCUGCAGAGGCCUCUAAGAGAAAGAACAUCAGGCGAAGGCACACUUUAGGAGGCCAGAGAGAUUUUGCUGAACUAAGUGUUCUGAAUGUAAGGAAAGCUCAAGAGAAAAAUCCAAGCAAGGAGAAAGAUGUCUCAGCAGUGAAUCGAUUGAAGCCCAGAUGUCCAGCACAGGACCUCUCAAUUUCAGACUGGCUUGCACGGGAGCGUCUACGCACUAGCACAACUGAUCUUAAUAUGGGGGAAACUGGAGAGCCCAAAUGGGAAAGCAGUAGCAGAUUAGAGGAUUCAUCGAAGACAGAGCUGUCUCUGUCUGCAGAGAUGUGGGCAAAGGAAGGCAGUUCUUCUUCUAGUAGUAGCUUGACUUUGAUUCCUAGAACGCCAGUGUUGGGACCACUCCAGCCAUUAGACCACAUCAAUGGAGAAAGCUACCAGAACAUGAACAAGAGCAGCUUCAGCCAGACCGUUGAUGCCCAUCCACAUAAAUUAUCUGGGACCCAGGUGGUUAGGUCACGAUUCUAUCAGUAUCUUUAAAUAGGAGAGGUAAAAGUCCCCUGCAGCAAUUCAGAAGCCGUUUCUCUUGUAAUCCUUCCUCAGUAGUUCUGUAUGUUUUCUGCACAGUGCUACUUUGCAACUAUUGGCGGAGGCGUAUUCAGUGGUUUGCGCUGUGGAGGAAGCCUUUGCAGAGCAUUCAGACAGCCAGAAUAGUGGGUGGGAGGGCAGAGUUUAAAAUAUAUAUAUAUAAAUAAAUAUAUAAAUAUAUAUAAAUAAAUUUAUUUUAAAUAAAAGUAUAUUUGAUUGCUGCAUACACUUGUUGAACAAAGCAUCUAAUGCAACAUGCUAUGUUACGUGUACAUGGUUUUUAUGACUGACAAUUGGCAUUAGUAUGCAGAAAAAAAUAUUCUUUUGAGUUUAGUCACUAACAAGUGCCUCAUUCCAAAAACAAAAAAACAAAACAAAAAAAAACACAUUCAUUUGGUUUGUUAGGGUGCCAUAAUACUUAUUAAAUUAGAGAAUAUUAAUAUAAGCAAAUGGAUGCAUUUUACUGUUAAGACGAUUCAUUACAUUUUACAAAUUUUAACACAGGUGGGUACAGAGCUUCCAUUCCUUAGGCAUUCCAGUUGGAUUUCUGAGUUUUAUAUUCCAAUUUUAAUACAGUUUUUGAGUUUUAUGUGACUUGAAUUUUUAAUCUUUCUGUAAAAUAAGUAACUUAAAUGUACAUAUUCUAUGUGUAUCUUUUCCUCAGAUACCAGAUUUGAUAUAAAUGUUGUAACAUAGGCGUGUAGAUAGUGAAUCCUGGAUGAAACUGGUUUCUUUUAUUGAGAAUAUAAUUCUGCAUGCAGACUUUAAUGAAUCCAAAUCUGUAUCAAGCCUGUGUGCAUACCUGCUUAAAACACUGGAAAUAAAAUAGUUUUGAUGGUU